AUGAGCAUCGAAAAUUACACCAUAUACUGCGGCGAUGCUGCUGGGAACAAAGUAGGUGGCUGCGCGAUAGCUGUGAGGAACGAUUACAAGAACCUGAUGGAGGAAUUUGGCUCAACUUCGUCUAGAUGCGCCUUUCUACGACUGCGGGAUCGUAGAGGACGUAAACUCUGGAUCGUAAGUGCUCACUCACCUACGGAAACCGCUGAGGACAACAGUAAGGACGCCUUCUAUGAUGAACUCAAUGUGUUGAUGUCUAAAAUACCAAGCCAGCAAGUGGUUAUUGUCGGAAUCGACGCAAAUGCGAAGAUGGGACUCGAACAGCAAUCCGAUGUGCUAGGGAAAUGGUAUUAUCCAGCGAAGCGAACGUCCGCCAACGGUGACCGUCUGGUCGACUUGUGCGAACAGACGGGCCUCGACAUCGCCUCCACGUUUAAUUCAUCACGUUCAUCGACGCCAUCAGCUCAAGUGGCAGGGCUCGACCACGUUGUUGCGAGGAACAUUCCUCAGUCAGAUAUCCGAAAAUCUAGAGCUGUUUGGGACGUCGCGUUCGACUCAGACCACUGUCCAGUUCUUCUCAGCUUCAAGAUACGGUUCCACAAAAGGAACCGAGGAGUAUCUUUUCAACCAAAAAUCGACAUGGCAGAUCUGAAGGAUGAAGAAUUCAGAACGAACUUCCGCCAACGUGUAUCUACUUAUGUUGGAGUAGUGACCAGGAAGAAGCUUUGCGAUGCGGAUUCCUUUAUCAAAGUGCAUCUAGGACGCUGCAAAGGAACCCUCCCGGUUCAAAUGCCGCGGAAGAAGUUUGCCUUUGCAUCUGCGGAGACAAGAUCCACGUACAAUUCUGUAUGUGUCGCGCGCAGCGCUGGUGACUUCAACCAGGAAAAGCGUCUUAGAAGGAAGCUGCGUCGUCAACCGCAACAAGACCGCGAUAACGAGUGGACGUCAAGAGCGAUGGAGUUUGAGGAGGCGUGGGAGGACAGGAACCCGCGGAAAGCUUAUGCUCUACUAAAACACAACCCUUCCAACUUGGAAAAAGCACUUCAAGACCUUGCUGAACCGGCUAGCACCGUCAGCUCCUGA